UGUGUGUGUGUGUGUGUGUGUGUGUGUGUGUGUGUGUGUGUGUGUGUGUGAGUGUGUGAGAGAGAGGGAGAGAGGAUGAUGUCUCCUGUUCUGCUGCUGCUGCUCGGUCUGCUCUGUUUCAUCUGUCUGCGCAGGAAGAGGAGGCCUGGUGAACCCCCUCUGGUCUCUGGAUGGAUCCCCUUCUUGGGGAAAGCUCUGGAUUUUGGGAGAGACGCUCAGGCCUUCCUGCAGGAGCAGAGACGGAGACACGGAGACGUCUUCACCGUCCAUCUGGCAGGUAAGUACCUGACGUUCAUCCUGGACCCCCUGCUGUACCCCAGCGUGGUGAAGCAGGGCCGUCAGCUGGACUUCCAUCAGUUCGCUGACACUGUGGCCCCGCCCACCUUCGGGUACCCCCCCAUCAGAAAGGGCUUCCCGGGGCUCAGCGAGCAGAUCAACCGCUCCUUCCAGCUGAUGCAGGGAGAGCACCUGGGCACGCUGACAGAGAGCAUGAUGGGUAAUCUGAUGUUGGUGCUGAGGCAGGAUCACCUGUGCACGGGGGGGGGAGGAUGGAAGAGCGGCAGCAUGUUCGACUUCUGCAACAGCGUGAUGUUCGAAGCCACGUUUUUAACGAUUUUUGGAGGUCCGGAAAGAGGGAGGCGACACGAAGGAAUGGAAGACAUGAGAGAAGAUUUCCAGAGAUUCGACCGCAUGUUCCCACUGCUCAUCGCCCAGGUUCCCAUCGGCCUGCUGGGCAGAACCCGGGCGGUCCGGAGCAAACUGAUCAAUCGCUUCCUGCCGGUCAGGGUGUCGAGCUGGACGGGAACUUCUCAGCUGAUCAAGACCCGAUCACAGCUUCUGGAUCAACACGCCUCGCUGAGGGACACCGAUAAAGGAGCCCAUCACUUUGCCAUCCUCUGGGCGUCGGUGGGCAACACGGUGCCCGCCUGCUUCUGGGUGCUCUACUUCCUGCUGAGGGACCCCGAGGCGCUGGAGGCCGUCCGGCAGGAGGUCCUGGAGGUCCUGAGGCUGUCGGGGGGGAAGUUCAGCCCAGAGGAGGACCUGACGCUGAGCAGAGAGCAGCUGGACAGCAUGGUGCUCCUGGAGAGCUCCAUCAGCGAGGGUCUGCGUCUGUCCUCGGCCUCCACCAACAUCCGGGUGUCUCAGGAGGACUUCAGUCUGCGUCUGGAUGAAGAGCGCUCUGCGUCCGUGAGGAAGGGAGACGUGAUCGCCCUCUACCCCCAGAGCAUGCACAUGGACCCCGACAUCUACCAGGACCCCCAGUCUUUCCGCUACGACCGCUUCGCCCAGGACGGCCGUGUGAAGACGGACUUCUAUAAGAGCGGGCAGAAGCUGAAGUUCUUCCUGAUGCCCUUCGGCUCCGGCGCCUCCAUGUGUCCCGGACGACACUUCGCCGUCAACGAGAUCAAGCAGUUCCUGAGUCUGGUGCUGCUGUACCUGGACCUGGACCUGCAGCCGGGUCAGAACCGGGUCUCUCUGGACUACAGCCGGGCCGGGCUGGGCAUCCUGCUGCCGGACGCAGACGUACGCUUCCACUACCGGCUGAGAGCCGCCAGCCAGAGCCCGGCCGAGUAGCUUCCACCUUCAUAACCUCUCGCCUUAAAGGUCUCCUAUCGUGCUGUUUUUAGGCAUAUAUUGUGUGUCUCAGAUAUAUACAAAUAUAUAAAAAAACAUGUCUAUGAUGUGUUUUGCUCAAAAUACCAAACAGAUCACCCAUUCUAGUCAUGCAUCAAACCCCUCUAUUCCUAGUUAGCGACUUAGCGCUACUUGCUAAUGUAAACACAGACCAUAUGACUUCCAAAACACGUCGACCCCCAGGUACCCCCGUCCACAGGAAGGAGUCCCAGUUCCCUGACCCUCCUGUCAGAUCCAUCCACAGGAAGGAGUCCCAGUUCCCUGACCCUCCUGUCAGCUCCAUCCACAGGAAGGAGUCCCAGUUCCCUGACCCUCCUGUCAGCUCCAUCCACAGGAAGGAGUCCCAGUUCCCUGACCCUCCUGUCAGCUCCAUCCACAGGAAGGAGUCCCAGUUCCCUGACCCUCCUGUCAGAUCCAUCCACAGGAAGGAGUCCCAGUUCCCUGACCCUCCUGUCAGAUCCAUCCACAGGAAGGAGUCCCAGUUCCCUGACCCUCCUGUCAGAUCCAUCCACAGGAAGGAGUCCCAGUUCCCUGACCCUCCUGUCAGAUCCAUCCACAGGAAGGAGUCCCAGUUCCCUGACCCUCCUGUCAGAUCCAUCCACAGGAAGGAGUCCCAGUUCCCUGACCCUCCUGUCAGAUCCAUCCACAGGAAGGAGUCCCAGUUCCCUGACCCUCCUGUCAGAUCCAUCCACAGGAAGGAGUCCCAGUUCCCUGACCCUCCUGUCAGAUCCAUCCACAGGAAGGAGUCCCAGUCAGUAUUUAACACUAUAUCACCUGUUAGACCUACCCAUCGAUCACUGCUCACAUCACCUUCAGACAUAUUGAAUGUUCUAUAUCUAAACCCUCGCAGCUCAGUCUCUCUGUGAAACUGUCUGGUGAUUGUUCAGAAACCAGCGUGAGGUUUAUAUUUCUCCCUUUGGUUCAAAUAGUGUUAAAGGUUCAAAUCACAGUCAAAGAUCUGAGUGUUUGGUCAUUUGUUUCACAAGAUCUGAGUCAUUCCAAUCACUGCUGGGUAGUUCAAUCUGUAAUGAAACAUCUCACUAUAUCAGUACAUUCACAUUGAUAUGAGAGGAAGUAUAUAGUAGCAGGAGAUGCACUUUAGUACAAGUAUCUUAAAGUGCAGUACUUGAGUUGAUGUACUUAGUUACUGUUGAUUGGCUUCUUAAAGGUUGAGAAAUCGGCUCGAGAUCGCUAGAAUUUGAAAAUACACAACCGGAGAAAAUCUGCCACUUCCUCACAGAGCCCCUCCUCCAACACACACGAACGCGCACAUGACCAAUGAGGGCACGAGAUAAGUUUGUGCACAGAUGGAAGGCUGACAGGCAGGUAGGCCAUCCAGUUAUUUUAGCCGGGCCGGCUCAGAUGAUUGGUCGUGCUUUUUACAGUACUACAGCUUCCACAGGUGAUAUUUAUUAUGGAUUUUUUGUCAAAGCACUUCAGAUAUUCAUUGCUAUCAGGAUGUUAAGAGCAUUCCAUGGAAUAUAACAACAAGUGUAUCUCGAGCCGGUUUCUCAAACUUACCUACCCCACCUUUAAAGAGCAGCAGAAAUGCAUCACAUUCUCAAAUGAUAUGAGUUUAUAAUAUAAGAUUGAAACGGCUCAUUGUGCACAAUGCCCUUUCAGAGUAUUACCUGUUAUGCUUCUUUAGAUCUGUUUUACCCAUGAGGUUUAUAAAGAGGGGAUUGUUCUCUUUCUAUAGCUUGUACAUUUCACCAAGUUAUCAAUAAAUAUAUAUUUUAAAUCA